UAUCGAGCCUCCGGCGCUCGACUGCUGGUGUCUGGCGGCGGCAGCAUGGCGGCGGGGGCGGCUGAAGCUGCUGAGGCGGCCGCGGCAGUGGCGGAGGUCGGCUCGGCCCGGCAGUUUGAGGAGCUGCUGCGCCUCAAAGCCAAGUCGCUCCUUGUGGUCCAUUUCUGGGCACCAUGGGCUCCACAGUGUGUACAGAUGAACGAUGUCAUGGCAGAGUUAGCUAAAGAACACCCUCAUGUUUCAUUUGUGAAGCUGGAAGCCGAAGCUGUUCCUGAAGUAUCUGAAAAAUAUGAAAUUAGUUCUGUUCCCACCUUCCUGUUCUUCAAGAAUUCUCAGAAAGUCGACCGGUUAGAUGGUGCACAUGCCCCAGAGUUGACCAAAAAAGUCCAGCGCCACGUGUCUAGUGGAUCCUUUCCUCCUAGUGCUAAUGAGCAUCUUAAAGAAGAUCUCAACCUUCGCCUGAAAAAGUUGACUCACGCUGCCCCCUGCAUGCUGUUCAUGAAGGGAACACCUCAAGAACCACGCUGUGGUUUCAGCAAGCAGAUGGUGGAAAUCCUUCACAAACACAAUAUUCAGUUCAGCAGUUUUGAUAUCUUCUCAGAUGAGGAAGUUCGACAGGGGCUCAAAACAUACUCUAACUGGCCCACCUAUCCUCAGCUCUAUGUUUCUGGAGAGCUCAUAGGGGGACUUGACAUAAUUAAGGAGCUGGAAGCAUCAGAAGAGCUAGAUACAAUUUGUCCCAAAACUCCCAAGUUAGAGGAGAGGCUCAAAGUGCUGACCAAUAAAGCUUCUGUGAUGCUCUUUAUGAAAGGAAACAAACAGGAAGCAAAAUGUGGAUUCAGCAAACAAAUUCUGGAAAUACUGAAUAGUACUGGGGUUGAUUAUGAAACUUUUGAUAUACUGGAGGAUGAAGAAGUGCGGCAGGGAUUAAAAACAUUCUCGAACUGGCCAACCUACCCUCAGCUGUAUGUGAGAGGGGAGCUUGUUGGGGGAUUGGAUAUUGUUAAGGAACUGAAAGACAACGGUGAAUUGCUGCCUAUAUUGAAAGGAGAAAAUUAAUAAAUGUUAAGCAUGGUGUCCAAGGACUGCAAGAAAUAUUUAAUUACAGUGGAACAGUUGAUGGUUUGGUCCUGAGAAGUGGACUAGGAGUAGAAAUUGGUCUCACCCAGCUAUGCUCUGCCUUUCAGAGCUGUGCUGAAGAAACAUGUUACAUUUUCCAUGAAACAUAGAAGGCAAUAAACUCUUCAGAUUCAGCUAAAAAUGA